AAUAGUUGCUCUAAUUUAGUCAGCUGCGCGAGACGCAAAAGCGUGUCAUCUUCAAGAAUGCCGUAAAAAGUGUUCCUGCAAAUAAAAAAAAAACGCCGACCACCACCGCAAAACAUCAUGGAAGAAUCCUGCAGCUAUGCAAAGCUGAAGAAGGAGCGAAAGUCGUCGCAGACAAACGAGUUAACCGAUCUAAACAUCAGCGUUUCAAACUUGAACAUAUCGCCGCCAAAGGAUCCAUAUAAUUUAAUCUAUAUUUCGUUUAUAUUAGGAGGAGCAGGAUUCCUAAUUCCUUAUAAUACAUUUAUUAUGGCUAUGGAUUAUUUUAAGAUGGAAUUUCCGUCAACGCAGGUCGUUUUUGACAUGUCCUUAAUCUAUAUUGUACUUGCGUUUUUCACAGUGCUGGGUAACAAUUUGCUUGUUGAAACGUGCAGUUUGACCAGCAGAAUUACCUUUGGUUACAUGUUAUCAUUUUUAACAUUGUUGUUUGUCGCCGUUGUGGAAGUUAAAUCAGCUAUUUUGAGUCGAAAUUUGGGUUACGCUGUUAACAUGGGAUCAGUGGCUGUCGUCGCAGUUGGAUGUACAGUGCAACAAUCAAGUUAUUAUGGAUAUACGAGUAUGCUUCCCGCACGUUAUACCCAGGCAGUAAUGGUGGGAGAAAGUGUAUCUGGUGUAUUCACUUCCGGUGUGCGAGUGUUGACCAAAUAUAUAGUGCCGGACAUUCGGCGCAGUACCGAAGCUUUCUUCAUUGUGUCAAUGGGCACAAUAAUUUUCUGCUAUAUUGUCUACCAUCUUGUGCGAAAGACAGAUUUUAUUCAGUUCUAUUUAGCACUGCAUGAGCGAGCCAAAACCAGGAUAGUAUUAGAACCAGCUGAAGAUGCAGGACUGGUGGAUAAUACCGAAUUACAGUAUGGCAUGUUGAAAAUUCAGAACAGUCCACCGCCCAACGCGUGCUUAAGUUUCAACAAUCCAGUUUACGAACCAAGUGGACAAGCUCCAACCUUCAAGGUGGAAGAUAUUGUUAUCAAGGGACGCACUCCGAGUAUUAGUGGUGGACGAAGGUCCAUUAAACGUGGAUUUAAAGCAAGAUUGGAAAUUGCCAAAAACAUUUACCCUUACAUGAUAUCAAUUUGUUUGGUUUAUUUUGUAACGUUAUGCUUGUAUCCAGGCGUGGCUUCCGAGAUUUUCAGCUGUAAAUUUGGUACAUGGAUGCCUAUAAUCAUGAUGUCGAUUUUUAACGGAUCUGACUUGCUGGGAAAAGUGCUGGCAGCUUCCACCAUGAACAUGUCGCGCACCAAACUCGUGCGACUUUCCGUGCUACGCGUGCUUUUGGUGCCGACGAUGGUAAUAGCCGCGCAAGGUCAGGUACACCCGGCAAUGUAUGCAAAGGACGUGUUUGCAUUUAUGCUUUCAAUUGUCUUGGGGAUAUCUAAUGGUAUUCUGGGAAGCGUUCCGAUGAUUAAAGCACCGAGUCAAGUGGAUGAUUGCUAUAGGGAAUUAACAGGCAAUCUAAUGACCUUGUUAUACAAUUUCGGUUUGAUAUCUGGUUCGUUGACAGCGUACUUCAUCGAGUCGGUCAUACCAUCAUAUCCAUCCAAUUUUUGCCAGCGCUGGGAACCGAGAGGGUUCAACUUUGGCAGAGAUCCAGCAAUUCGAACAUCCACGCUGGCGACAACGCUUUUUGCAAGCACAUUCGGACCCGACAUAGACACCAGCUCGUAUGCGUAUUCUACAGAGUCCACUAGCAAUUUCACUUCGUUUUGAUUUGCGUAAAAAUUUUGUUAAACCCUAAAGAUUACUAAUACUGAUAAUAAUAGAAUUUAACCACGGCUGAGGUUGAUGAUGUGUGCUUGUACAAUGAUUGAGACGAUUACAUCUCGUGAACACUGCAUGACAUAUGAUAACGUGAUAAAUAUUGUAAGUGUAUUGUUGUUGUAUAUAGUAUUAACUAUUAACUGUAUAUUUUAUAAAAAGAGUAUAUCACGAGAGUAAAAUUAUGAUAAAUGAUUAAUAUAUGAUAGCGAAAUGCUGCUGUAAUCAAAAUGUGUAUACCUAUAUUAUAAUGAAAGAAAGAUUAUAUUUAACCGGAGAGCAUCAUGGUAAAUAAAAUUUAUCUUAAGUAAAAAA